AUGUUUUGUAGAAAAAUAAUGAACAUUCUUAAACUUCAGCAAUCUUUGAAACCUAUAGCCAUGCGUACACUCAGCAUGCCAGUGGUUCAAAGUCAACAGAGAAGAUUUAAGAGUGAUUUAUAUGAACCUGAUUAUUUAAUAAGCAUGGAGCCUGAUGAACCAGUAUAUGAUUGCCUCAACCUGCAGUUGAAGGGUUAUGACUUUGCCCUAUUGGAAGCCUAUCAAAGUCAACUCCAUAAAUAUGCUGAGGUUAUGGGGAUUCAAGUUGAUGAAUGCUGGGCAACACCUGCACAGAAAAUUAAAGUACAAAGAUUUAAACCGGGUGGCACAGCUGUUGAUGCAGAGUAUAAUCUUAAUAUCUACGAGAGGAAUGUACAGGUCACUGAUGUACCGGCCUGGGCUCUGGGCACAUUGCUGCGUGUAGCUCGUGCUUUAUUACCUGAAGGCUGCACACUGCGCGUGCACGAGCACGAGAUUGCGCACGAAGAGAUACGAUAUGUGCCUGACAAUCAACUCAUUGAACUUAAACAGCAACUUCAGGACAUGGGUGGCAGCCGCGCCGAUAGGAAGAAGAGAAAAUAA